AUGCGUCUGUUUUCCUCACAACACUCUUCGGCAGCAGCAACAGAACAUGCAAAUGCCAUUAUAGCCAAGAACAACAUGCAACAUGCCAUGGAUCAGGGCAGUAAUAUCAUAGAAAACACACACAUUAUGCGCCGAGAUCUAAGCAAAAAUGCUCCACAGACAAAUGGAAAAAUGUAUCAAACCAAUAAUUUUGAGGCAUCAACUAGAGGCAGAGAACGCCAGGCUGGUGAACGUCAUAAUGAGGAAUAUAAAUCAAGGUCGUUGGAACGUUAUGCCAAACCACCUCAUACUCUAGCGGCGGCAGCAGCAGCUGCCCUUGAUCCCCACGAUGCAGAUGGUGAUGAUGAAGAGGAAAUUUAUGCAGCCGCUAGAAGAACUCUAACACCAUCACUCUCCACCCAACGCAGACGUCUACUCUCUCCCUUUGUCUCUAUGAAAAGACGCAGUCGCAGCAGUAUAAGCAGCAGUGGCAGUCGUUCUCAUUGUGAUUCCCGCGAGGUAAAUUUCAAUCUCAUGCUACCACCUCUUAAACUACCCGGACCCAUGCAACACCACAUAAUGGAACAUCAAAAAUCCAACUCAAACAUAAAUUGUCUUAAAACCACCAACAAACACUUGAAUUCAGCCAGUUCACAGAGUGGUGACAGUGGCACGGGUGGCACUGAACUUGAACAAGAUUGUAGUCGUACCUCGGCUGCGGAGAGUAGUCAACUCAGUUUGAGUUAUUCACAAUUGAGUAGUGCCUCCUCUUCCUCGAGUACUCACAGUCUCUCGAAACAAUCAAAAAUGAGUCACACACCACGUUCACACUCAAAUGUUUCCAUACACAUUGAUGAUCAUCAUAAUCAACAUAUACACGAUCAUGGUCGUGAUCAUCAUGAUCACAAUGACAUUGAACUGUUGAAUAAGCAACAUGUUGUUAAUGAUUAUCAACAUGUUGUAGUUGAUGCUGAUACAUUACUACAUAGUCGUGAUCAAGAAUUUCAAAAUACCGUAAGAGGAGCGGCAGGGGAAUGUGUUGAUUCUGUUAACAAUAAACUUGUUAGUGUUGAUCAACAGCAAGAUCAGUCGUCACAACAACAACUACAACAUCCUCAUUAUAGAGAUUCAGUAUUUUCUUCAGAUGAUUUUUAUUGUGGCAACAUAACUUUGGUGGAUGACACCUACUCAAAUUAUGAUCCUGAAAAUGAUGCUGAACGCAUGUUUUUACAAGUGGUGGGCAUAUUAAGGGAUGAAAAGGAGAAAAUGCGUCAAUUCCAAAAAGUAUUGGAAGAUUUAAGUUCUCGCGUAGCCUCAGCUGAAGCUACCACAAAUUCCUGGGUUGUACCACCCACUAGUUCGGAAGCCAGUGAACAAUUACAGCAUCUACAACGUCUCAGAGAUAAAAUGACCACUGCCGGUGCAUUGUUAGAUGAUUGUAAUGAACAGCAGUCAUUCUUCACCGCCAAUCAGGUGUUGGUGCCAGCUAAUUGUCUAUCCAAAUUGGAAGAUUUGAAUACUAGAAUGAAACUCUUACAAAUUGCUAUGGAUGAAAGACAAAAAGUUUUGUUAAAUGCUGGCGGCAAUCAAUCGUUGGAGAAUGGUGAAGAUGGUCGUUGUACUUCGAAUAGUGGCACAAUUGGCCCAAUACCAAAUCUAGGACAAAGUGUUAAACCACCAUGGGAAAGAGCUACAACAGCAGCUAAUGUGCCUUAUUAUAUAGACCAUGAACGUGAAACCACCCACUGGGAUCAUCCCGAUAUGAUCGAACUAAUGAAGAGCUUAGCCGAUCUUAACGAAAUACGCUUUUCAGCCUAUCGUACUGCCAUGAAAUUGAGAUCUGUACAAAAAUCUUUAGGUUUAGAUCGUAUCCCUAUGUCGGCAGCUAUAGAAUCUUUCGAUAAUCAUGGUUUAAGGGCACAAAAUGAUAAACUAAUUGAUAUACCCGAUAUGACCACCGUUUUACAUUCACUCUAUGUGACUUUGGAUAAAAUCGAUUUGACAAAAUCCUUAGAUCUAGCGAUUAAUUGGAUAUUGAAUGUAUAUGAUUCACAGCGCACGGGACAGAUAAGGGUGUUGAGUUUUAAGGUGGGUUUGGUUUUAUUAUGUCGCGGCCAUUUAGAGGAAAAAUAUCGUUAUUUAUUCCGUUUGGUAGCGGAUCCAGAACGUAAAGUUGAUCAAAGAAAAUUGGGCUUGUUAUUACAUGAUUGUAUACAGGUUCCCCGUCAAUUGGGUGAGGUGGCAGCUUUUGGUGGAUCUAAUAUUGAACCUUCUGUUCGUUCCUGCUUAGAGAGAGCUGGUAUUUCUCAAGAAGCAAUUGAUUCUAAUCAAGAACUUACGAUUGAAUUACAUCACUUCCUUGCUUGGCUACAACAUGAACCACAAAGUUUAGUGUGGCUACCAGUAUUACAUCGUUUGGCAGCUGCUGAGGCAGCUAAACAUCAGGCGAAGUGUAACAUUUGCAAAGAGUAUCCCAUUGUUGGCUUCCGUUAUCGCUGCCUUAAGUGUUUCAAUUUCGACAUGUGCCAAAAGUGUUUCUUCUUUGGACGUAAUGCCAAAAAUCAUAAACUUAGUCAUCCCAUGCAUGAAUACUGUACAACGACCACUUCCACUGAAGAUGUUAGAGACUUUACGCGUGCCUUGAAGAACAAAUUCAAAUCACGCAAAUAUUUCAAAAAACAUCCACGUGUGGGCUAUUUACCCGUACAAAGUGUUUUAGAGGGUGAUGCCUUAGAAUCACCUGCACCCAGUCCCCAACAUACUACACAUACUCUGCAAAAUGAUAUGCACUCAAGACUGGAAAUGUAUGCUACACGUUUGGCUCAAGUGGAAUAUGGUGGUGGCACUGGUUCCAACUCUACUCCCGAUAGUGAUGAUGAACAUCAACUGAUAGCUCAAUAUUGUAUGGCUUUGCCUACAAAUAAUGGUGCUGCUCCCAAAUCUCCCGUGCAAGUAAUGGCUGCCAUGGAUGCCGAACAACGCGAGGAACUGGAAGCCAUUAUUCGGGAUUUAGAAGAAGAAAAUUCUAGUUUACAGGCCGAAUAUCAACAAUUAUUAACGAAACAGAGUACAACACCCGAUGAGAGCAGUGGUAUGCAACAUUCCAAUUCAUCUGUGGGUGGUUUAGCGCAGGGUGCCAAUGCUCAGGGAGAACAUGGUCAAGACAUGAUGGCCGAGGCUAAAUUGCUGAGACAACACAAAGGCCGUUUAGAGUCACGCAUGCAAAUCCUAGAGGAUCAUAAUCGUCAAUUGGAGGCUCAAUUACAACGUUUACGCCAAUUGCUUAAUGAUCCUAAUAAUGGUGCUACCCCCGGUUCGGCUUUAAAUUCAAAACCGAAUACUUUACAAACCCGUUCAGUGACUGCUUCACAACUUAAUACCGAUUCGCCGGCUAAAAUGAAUCAACAAAAUGGCCAUUAUGACCAGAACUCGAUGGGUCUAAUGUUGCCCGGUAUGAAUGAUCAUCAUGCGGCUGCUGCAGCAGCAGCUGUUGGCGCCGGCGGCGGUGUUUUAGGAAAGCAUCAUUUAAUGGGUAAUGCCGGUAAUCCUGCAGCUAAUUUACAUAGUUUGCAACAGCAGCAGCAUCAGCAACAACAACAACAUCAACGUAAUAUAUUAAGUGGCAAUGGUGGCAUGGAUAUGCAAACGGCAACCGGAAAUCCUGGAGGUUUAAUGAGUGCAUAUUUAACGGAUGAUGGUAGGCCACCACCACCACCUCACAACAGCAUGAUGUUGCAACAACAUAAUCAAAGUGCGGCCAUAGGCAAGGCAAUGGAGGAAUUGGUAACAGUUAUAACGGAACAAGAAAUCGAGCAAACUUUAGAACAAGAUCUAGAGGAGGAAGAGGAGAAUCAGAUAGAGCAAGAACAAACAGCAAAUGAAACCACAACUUCUAUAAACACAAAUAAAGCGAUAAAAACACCCAAUGCCACAUCGACACCAUAUGGUUAUAAUAAAUAAAUAAAUGUUUUUUCUUUAAGAAAAAGAAAAAAA